UCCCGACCCCAGCCCGACGCGGCCGGAGCGCGGCCCAGGCCCCGGGAGAACAUUAAGUUGGAUAAAAAGGGGGGCGAUAAUGCACCACAGCAGCGGCCCUCCAAAUGUUCAGCACCAGCUGCAGAGGUCCCGGGCCUUCGCCGGAAGUGAAGAAGAGCAGGCCCAUCCAAAUCCACCCCCAUCCCCCGCUGCGCCUUUUGCACCCUCGGCCAGCCCAUCCGCACCCCAGUCGCCUGGGUACCAGGUUCAGCAGCUCAUGAGCAGGAGCCCCGCCUCUGGGCCGAAUGUGAACCUUGCCCUGCAGAAUGUGGGGCCAGUGGUGGCAGGAAACCCCCCACUCACACUGGCCCCGCUUCCACUCCCCAGCCCUACCUCCCCAGGCUUCCAGUUUAGUGCCCAGCCGAGGCGCUUUGAGCAUGGAUCGCCGUCCUAUAUCCAAGUCACCUCACCACUGUCCCAGCAGGUACAGACCCAGAGCCCCACCCAGCCCAGCCCUGGGCCAGGGCCGGGCCUGCAGAGUGUGCGGGCAGGUGCCCCUGGGCCUGGCCUGGGCCUUUGCAGCAGCAGCCCCACUGGGGGUUUUGUGGACGCCAGUGUGCUGGUGAGGCAGAUCAGCUUGAGCCCAUCCGCAGGUGGGCACUUUGUGUUCCAGGAGGGCUCAGGCCUUGCCCAGAUGGCCCAGGGAGCCCCAGUCCCAUUGCAACAUGCAGGGGCUCCCAUUGCGAUGCGAGAACGGAGACUGUCCCAGCCCCAUGGGCAGCCCGGGGGGACUGUGCACCACCUGGGACCCCAGAGCCCUGCAGCUUCGGGCGGAGGCGGCCUGCCACCCCUGGCCAGCCCUGGCCACAUCACCACAGCCAGCCUGCCGCCCCAGAUCAGCAGCAUCAUCCAGGGGCAGCUGGUCCAGCAGCAGCAGCAGCAAGUGCUGCAAGGGCCGCCACUGACUCGACCUUUGCUACCUGGGGUUGGGGGUGCAUCGGCGUUUGGGAUGACAUCCCCGCCGCCCCCCAGCAGCCCUUCUAGAACUGCAGUGCCUCCGGGCCUCUCUAGCCUGCCUCUCUCAUGUGCGGGGAGCAGGAAGGCACCCAAGAAGCUGGAGGAGAUCCCUCCAGCCUCCCCGGAGCUGGCCCAGAUGCGGAAGCAGUGCCUGGACUCUCACCUCCGGGAGAUGGAGGCACUGAGGGAGGCCUUCAAGGAGUACCUGAUCGAGCUGUUCUUCCUGCAACACCUGCAAGGGAACAUGAUGGAUUUCCUGGCUUUCAAGAAAAAACACUACGCCCCAUUACAAGCUUAUCUUAGGCAGAAUGAUCUGGACCUGGAGGAAGAGGAGGAAGAGGAGGAAGAGGAGGAGGAGGAAGAAAAGUCUGAGGUUAUCAAUGAUGAGGUAAAGGUUGUGACAGGAAAGGAUGGGCAGACUGGUACUCCUGUUGCUAUAGCAACCCAGCUUCCGCCAAAUGUUUCUGCUGCUUUUUCAUCCCAGCAGCAACCAUUUCAGCAGCAAGCCCUCGCAGGGACCCUGGUGGCAGGGGCUGGAAGUUCGAUAGAAACGGACCCCUUUAAGAGGCAACCGGCAGGACCCCCAGCAGAGCAGUCUAAGCGACCUCGACUUGAAGUGGGUCACCAAGGGGUAGUUUUCCAGCACCCAGGGGUGAAUACAGGAGUUCCUCUCCAGCAGUUAAUGCCGACAGUUCAAGGAGGGAUGCCUCCCGCCCCUCAGGCCACCCAGCUGGCCGGACAGAAGCAAAGCCAGCAGCAGUACGACCCAUCCACAGGGCCUCCAGUGCAGAAUGCCGCCAGCCUGCACACACCACCGCCACCACUGCCCAGCAGGCUGCCCCCAGCCGGCCUCCCUGCUGCGCCCCUGCCACCUACGCUGCAGUUCCCACCACAGCCGCCGAUGGGGGAGCCACCGACACAGCUGCAUAUGGCUGCGAAAGCCCAGCAGCCCAACACCCCUGUCCCUGUGCCCCCUGCCAGCCAGCUCCCUGUGCCCCCACAGCCCGCACAGUCAGCCCUGCUCGCCUCGGUGCCCGGGAAGGCGCAGAUGCAGGCCCCUCCACUGCCCUCCCAGCCGCAGGUGGUGAUGUCUGCAAGACCACCCACAGAUCCCACGCAGCCCGGUCCUCGGCCCCCACCCACCUCCUCCACCUCAUCCAUCGCACCUGGCAGUGGCUCGGGCCCAGGACCCUUGCCCGCACGGGCCUCCCCAGUGAAUAGACCCUCCUCAGCAGCCAGCAAGUCUCUGUCUCCAGUCACCUCCCGGUCCCCAGGGGCAGCUGUGUCGGCCCCCCCGAAACCACAGAGCCCAGCUCAGAAUGCAUCCGCACCCCAGGACAGUUCUCAGGAUAAGCUGGCGGAGCAGAUGGCACUGGAGAGCCAGAUCCACCAGCGCAUAGCCGAGCUGAGGAAGGGGGGCCUGUGGUCCCUGAGACGGCUGCCGAAGCUGCAGGAGGCCCCGCGCCCCCGCGCGCACUGGGACUACCUGCUGGAGGAGAUGCAGUGGAUGGCCACUGACUUCGCCCAGGAGCGGCGGUGGAAGGUGGCUGCAGCCAAGAAGCUUGUCAGGACGGUGGCACGCCAUCAUGAAGAAAAGAAGCUUCGUGAGGAAAGGGGGAAGCGAGAGGAGCAGAGCCGACUAAGACGGAUUGCUGCCUCGACCGCUAGAGAAAUUGAGUACUUCUGGUCAAAUAUCGAACAGGUUGUGGAGAUAAAACUACAAGUCGAAUUAGAGGAAAAAAGGAAGAAGGCCUUACAUUUACAGAAAGUUUCCAGGAGAGGAAAGGAGUCAAGACCCAAGGGACCUGAGAUGCUGCUGGAAAGUGUUCUGGACUUGGGAGUACCUGGAAGAAAACGGAAAGCGAGCACCUCCCUCACUGAUGAUGAAGUGGAAGACGAGGAGGAGACAAUUGAAGAGGAGGAGGCGAACGAAGGGGCCGUGGACCACCAGAUAGAACUAUCUAAUCUAGCCAAGGAAGCUGAGUUGCCCCUUAUUGAUUUGAUGAAGUUGUAUGAAGGUGCCUUUCUGCCGAAUUUCCAGUGGCCUCAACCUCAGCCUGGCGGUGAGGAGACAAGCGAGGAAGAAGACGUGGAAGACAGCCCCGGUGACCAGGAGGGCCGCAAGGACGUGGUUCUCAUAGACUCGCUGUUCAUCAUGGACCAGUUCAAAGCUGCAGAGAGAAUGGGUGUCGGGAAGCCUCACACAAAGGACAUCACGGAAGUGACCGCUGCAGCCGAAGCCAUCCUGCCUAAGGGCAGUGCUCGGAUCAGCACCUCGGUGAAGCCAAGUGCCCCACCCCUGCUGCAUGGCGUGCUCAGAGACUACCAGAAGAUCGGCCUGGACUGGCUGGCCAAGCUCUACAGGAAGAGUCUCAAUGGCAUACUGGCGGACGAGGCUGGGCUGGGUAAAACCGUGCAGAUCAUUGCUUUCUUUGCCCACCUAGCUUGUAAUGAAGGCAACUGGGGCCCUCAUCUUGUUGUUGUGAGAAGCUGUAACAUCCUCAAGUGGGAGCUCGAGCUGAAGCGUUGGUGUCCUGGGCUCAAAACCCUCUUAUAUGUUGGCAGUCACAGAGAACUCAAGGCAAAGAGACAGGGGUGGACCGAGCCCAACAGCUUCCAUGUCUGCAUCACAUCCUACAAGCAGUUCUUCCGGGGCCACGCGGCCUUCACGCGGGUGCGGUGGAGCUGCCUGGUCAUCGAUGAGAUGCAGCGAGUGAAGGGCCUGAGCGAGCGGCACUGGGAAGCGGUGUUCACCCUGCAGAGCCAGCAGCGUCUGCUCCUGAUCGACGCGCCCCUGCACAACACCUUCCUGGAGCUGUGGACCAUGGUGCACUUCCUCAUCCCGGGCCUCUCCAGGCCCUACCUGCACUUCCCGCUGAAAGCCCCGAGUGAGGAGAACCAGGACUACUACCAUAAAGUGGUCAUACGCCUGCACAGGGUGACGCAGCCAUUUAUCUUGAGGAGAACCAAGAGGGACGUGGAAAAGCAACUGACAAAGAAGUACGAGCACGUUUUGAAGUGUCGUCUUUCCAGCCGACAGAAAGCCUUGUACGAGGACGUCAUCCUGCAGCCUCGGACCCAGGAUGCGCUGAAGGACGGGCACUUUGUGGACGUGCUGAGCAUCCUGCUGAGGCUGCAGCGCAUCUGCAACCACCCUGGGCUGGUGGAGCCCCGGCUCCCGCAGUCCUCCUUCUCCGCCGGGCCGCUGCAGCUCCGCUCGGCCUCCCUCGUCCUGAAGGCACUUGACAGGGAUGCCUGGAAGGAAACCGAUCUUUCUAUAUUUGACCUUAUUGGCUUAGAAGAUAAAAUGACUCGCCACGAGGCCGAAUUGCUGUGUAAGAAAAAGGUGACUCGGAAACUCAUUGAGGAGCUGUUCACUGCGCCACCCCCUCCUGGCAGGCCGCCAGCUGUCAAACUGAAGCCCAGCAGGUUGUUCCAGCCUGUGCAGUACGGCCAGAAGCCCGAGGGUCGCACGGUGGCUUUUCCCAGCACACACCCACCCCGAACGACUGGCUCCGCUGCUGCCCCUGCCACUCCACAGGGCCACGUUCGAGGACGGCCACCAAUCGCCACGUUUUCUGCAAACCCAGAUGCCAAAGCAGCAGCAGCCCCUCAGGCUCCCACCGGUGCUCCGAGACCCCAGGCCGCCUCGACCUGCAGCACAGCUCCUAGCCCAGCCCAUCCUGCGAAACUGCGGGCUCAAACCACUCCCCAGACCUCCGCCCUGGGCCCGCCCCAGCCCCAGCCCCAGGCCCCCUCGCACCUGGCCGGGCAGAGCACGCUGCCUCAGGGGCUGCUGCUCACCUCGCAGGCCCAGGCGCGCCUGCCUAGUGGGGAGGUGGUCAAAAUAGCACAGCUGGCUUCUCUCGCAGGACCGCCGAGUCGAGUUGCCCAGCCAGAGACACCAGUGACACUGCAGUUCCAGGGGAACAAGUUCACCUUGUCCCACAGCCAGCUGCGGCAGCUCACAGCUGGCCAGCCCCUGCAGCUGCAAGGAAGCGUUCUUCAGAUCGUGUCCGCCCCCGGGCAGUCCUACCUGCGACCUCCGGGCCCCAUGGUGAUGCAGACCAUGUCUCAGGCGGGUGCCCUGAGCACCCUGGGAAGCAAGCCCCCAGCCAGCGGCCUAGGUCCCACUCCUGUGACCCCACCAGUUGGUGUACCUGGUCGAGUGGCAGUCAACCCCCUGACUGUAGGAGAACCCGGGGUGGCCUCCAAACCUGCUUCUCCCAUCGGAGGGCCAACCCAGGAGGAAAAGACCCGGCUUCUGAAAGAGCGGCUGGACCAGGUUUAUUCUGUCAAUGAGCGGCGCUGCUCCCGUGCCCCCGUCUACGGCACAGACCUGUUGGAGAUUUGUUCCCUGGCCUGUAGAGAACAGAUCCCGGGGCUCGGAGCUUCAGGUGGCAGGCGUGGGAAGGGGGCCAGGCCAGCGAGUGGCUAUACAUCACCCUCAAAAAGUCAGAAGGAUCUGAUUUUGACACUAACUCAACGUCGAGAGUCCCUACAGGAUGUUAUUGACAGGGUGGUGUGUGUGAUCCCGCCGGUGGUGGCCACACCCCCAUCCUUGUGGGUGUCUCGGCCACCCUCACCCUACAGCCACAGGAUGAGGGUCUUCAGGCACCGCCUGCAGGAGCACACUGCGCCCUAUGCCCAGCAGCUGCAGCGGGUGACAGCCCUGCGCUCCCUGCGGUUCCCUGAGCUGAGGCUGGUCCAGUUUGACUCAGGGAAGCUGGAAGCUUUAGCGAUCUUGCUGCAGAAGCUGAAAUCAGAAGGACGUCGAGUGCUGAUUCUGUCCCAGAUGGUGCUCAUGUUAGACAUUUUGGAAAUGUUCUUGAACUUCCAUUAUCUCACCUACAUACGAAUUGAUGAAAACGCCAACAGUGAACAGCGGCAGGAACUGAUGAGGAGCUUCAACAGAGACCGGCGGAUAUUUUGUGCCAUCCUCUCCACGCGCAGCCGCUCAACGGGCGUAAGCCUAGUGGAGGCCGAUGCGGUGGUGUUCUAUGACCACGACCUGAACCCUGUGCUGGACGCCCAGGCCCAGCAGUGGUGCGACAGGAUCGGGAGGCGCAGGGACGUGCACGUGUACAGGCUUGUGAGUGGCAAUUCCAUCGAAGAGAAACUUCUGAAGAAUGGAACCAAAGACCUGAUCCGAGAAGUGGCUGCUCAGGGAAAUGACUACUCCAUGGCGUUCCUGACACAGCGGACCAUCCAGGAGCUGUUUGAGGUCUAUUCUCCCAUGGAUGAUGCUGGCUUCCCAGUGAAAGCCGAGGAGUUUGUUGUCCUUUCUCAGGAACCUUCUGUCACAGAAACCAUUGCACCCAAAAUUGCACGACCUUUUAUAGAGGCCCUGAAGAGCAUCGAGGAUCUGGAGGGAGACUCGCAGGAGCCUGAGGGGGAGGCCGUGCACGGGACAGCGGACCACAGCGGUGCACAGGAGCAGGAGCCCUCACAGCUGGAGGAGUUGGCCGACUUCAUGGAGCAGCUUACCCCAAUUGAGAGAUAUGCUUUGAACUACCUGGAAUUGUUUCAUGCGUCCACCGAUCAUGAGAAAGAGAGGAAUGGUGAGGACACUGUGCUGACUGCAGUGAGCGCCUGGGAGGCCCAGAACCUGCGGGCGCUGCGGGAGCAGGAGGCCAGGGCGCUGCGGGAGCAGGAGCAGGACCAGCUGCUUACCUACACCAGGGAGGACGCCUACAGCACGGAGUACAUCUGUGAAGGUGCAGACGGGCAGACAGAGGUCAUGCCGCUCUGGACCCCGCCCACGCCGCCCCAGGAUGACAAUGACAUCUACAUCGACUCGGUCAUGUGUCUUAUGUACGAGACAACGCCCAUCCCCGAGUCUAAGCUGCCCCCCGUGUACGUGAGAAAGGAGCGCCGGCGGCACAGAACGGACCCCUCAGCCGUAGGCAGGAAGAAGAAGCAGCGGCAUGGGGAGGCAGUUGUGCCCCCACGGUCGCUGUUUGACCGUGCAACCCCGGGCCUGCUGAAGAUGCGGCGGGAGGGGAAGGAGCAGAAGAAGAACCUCCUGCUGAAGCAGCAGGCACAGUUUGCCAAGCCUCUGCCAGCUUUUGCCAAGCCUGCUGCCGAGUCGGGUCCUGACAACCCGGAGUGGCUCAUCAGUGAGGACUGGGCCCUGCUGCAGGCCGUGAAGCAGCUGCUAGAGCUGCCUCUGAACCUCACCAUUGUGUCCCCGGCCCACACACCCAACUGGGACCUCGUCAGCGACGUCGUCAAUUCCUGCAGCCGCAUCUACCGCUCUUCCAAGCAGUGCCGCAGCCGCUACGAGAGUGUGCUGAUUCCAAGAGAGGAGGGGAAGAGUAAGAACAACCGUCCUCUGCGCACGGGCCAGAUUUACGCCCAGGAUGAGAAUGCCACCCACACCCAGCUGUACACGAGCCACUUCGACCUGAUGAAGAUGACUGCCGGGAAGAGGAGCCCCCCCAUCAAGCCUCUGCUUGGCAUGAACCCUUUCCAGAAAAACCCCAAGCAUGCGUCCGUGUUGGCAGAAAGUGGAAUCAACUACGACAAGCCCCUGCCUCCUAUCCAGGUUGCAUCUCUCCGUGCAGAGCGAAUCGCCAAAGAGAAGAAGGCUCUGGCUGAUCAGCAGAAGGCGCAGCAGCCACCUGUGGCGCAGCCCCCACCACCCCCACCGCAGCCACAGCCUCCACCACCCCAGCAGCCACCACCACCUCUGCCCCAGCCCCCAGCAGCAAGCAACCAGCAGCCCUCCGGGCCACCCACUGUGCAGCCCGCAGCUCAGGCACAGCCUCCAGCACAGCCUGUGCAGCCCCCACCAAAGGUGCCGCCCGCCAUCACAACAGUGGGCAGUGCCGCUGUGCUGGCAGGAGCCAUCAAAACGCCCGUUACAGGGACAAGCAUGCCAGCAGGCACAGUGAGCGGAAACGUGAUAGUGAACACCAUCGCGGGUGUCCCUGCCGCCACCUUCCAGUCGAUUAACAAGCGCCUUGCUUCGCCCGUGGCGCCUGGAGCCUUGACGACUUCCGGAGGCUCCACACCUGCCCAGGUGGUUCACACCCAGCCUCGAGCAGUUGGCUCCCCAGCCACGUCUGACCUGGUGUCCCUGGCACCGACACAGGGUGUUCGUGCAGUCACCUCCGUGACAGCCUCGGCCGUGGUCACUACCAGCCUGACGGCAGUGCAGACCCCAACCCGGUCUUUGGUGACUCAGGUGUCCCAAGCCACAGGGGUUCAGCUCCCAGGAAAGACCCUCACGCCCGCCCACUUCCAGCUCCUCCGGCAGCAGCAGCAGCAGCCACCGCCCCCUCCACCGCCCUCCCAGACGCAGGUCCCGCAGCUCCAGGGCCAGGCCCAGUCGCCCGCACAGAUCAAAGCUGUGAGCAAGCUGACACCGGAGCACCUCAUCAAAAUGCAGAAGCAGAAACUGCAGCUGCCCCAGCAGGCCCCACCGCCGCAGGCCCCGCCAGGGCCCCCGCCGCCCACCGCGCAGGUGCAGGUGCAGCCCCCACCGCCCGCACAGCAGCAGAGCCCCCAGCUCACCACCGUCACGGCCUCCAGGCCUGGAGCCCUGCUCACGGGCACCGCCGUGGCCAACCUCCAGGUGGCCCGGCUCACACGGGUUCCCACGUCGCAGCUGCAGGCGCCAGGCCAGGUGCAGGCGCAGGCGCCCCCACCGGCUCAGGUGGCCCUGGCGAAGCCUCCAGUGGUGUCUGUGCCCGCAGCUGUGGUCUCCUCACCGGGCGUCACAACCCUGCCCAUGAACGUCGCGGGGAUCAGCGUGGCCAUCGGGCAGCCACAGAAAGCCGCAGGACAGACUGUCGUGGCCCAGCCCGUGCACGUGCAGCAGCUGCUGAAGCUCAAGCAGCAGGCCGUGCAGCAACAGAAGGCCAUCCAGCCGCAGGCUGCCCAGGGCCCGGCCGCUGUCCCGCAGAAGAUCACUGCACAACAGAUUGCUGCUCAGGGUCAACCCCAGAAGGUCACCUAUGCUGCCCAGCCAGCCCUUAAAACCCAGUUUCUUACCACACCCAUCUCCCAGGCUCAGAAACUGGCCGGGACUCAGCAGGUGCAGACCCAGAUCCAGGUUGCAAAGCUCCCUCAAGCCGUGCAGCCGCAGACGCCCGUGGCUGGUGUCCCGCAGGUUGGCCCUGCUUCCCAGCAGGCUCCCCCACAGACUGUGACUCUCACCCAGGCGACGGCAGCUGGGCAGCAGGUCCAGGUGAUCCCCGCGGUGACCGCAACCGCACAGGUGGUCCAGCAGAAACUCAUGCAGCAGCAAGCUGUGACAGCGGCGGCAGCCCAGCUGCAGGCCCCUGGUGUCCCCAACCCCGCACAGGCGCCAGCCAGUGCCGAUAGCCCGAACCAGCAGCCCAAGUUACAGAUGAGAGUCCCUGCCGUUCGGCUAAAGACACCCACCAAACCUCCGUGCCCCUAGUCAGGGCAGUGGGCAGCCUCGGGGCCCAUCCUAGCAUCUCACCCUCCAGCCAGCUGUAGACGUUCUCUGUUGUGAAGCCUCGGGAGGGCGCCGUGCGUGUGCUCAGCUGCUGCCGCGGGGGAGUGGGCCAGCCCGCACCUGCUCCAGGGACCACCGCCUCUGCUGUAGACCAGGGCGUGUGGGGGGUGCUCCCAGGUCGCUCCCCCUCUCAGCCUCCUCCAGAGCUGCCGCGCCGGGUCUGAGCCGUGGAGCCCGUCAGUGCCCUCUGCUCAUCACGGGGGCUACUGGGAAUGUGUGAGUCAGGAAGUGACUUCCUGAAGCCAGAAUACGUCUCGGACAGUGUCAGCCUCUACUUGGUUCCCUGCCCACUGAGAGCGCAUCGGGCCCUCUGAGGAGAGGGCGUCCGAGUCGGGCCUCCCGGGUUCGAGAGCAGUGCUGUGCUUGCUUCUCUCCUAACAUGUGACUUGGAGCUUCUGAAGGACUCUUGGUGCUGAUGCCGGUCGCAGCACAUCUGUGACGCGUUCCCAGCUUGGGUGGAAGAAGAAUGCUGUGAUUGAACUUCCAUUCCACGUAGGCGGGACCUUCCAGGCUCCCCGUCCCAGCACACCCAUGACACUCCCCAGCGUUUGGGUGCAGCUCGCUGUUGGACUCAGCUUGCAGAAGCAGCUCUUUGUGACCACAGGGGCCCAGAGGACCGGGCAGGUGUUACCCUGAUUGUGAGUGCACGGCCCGGCCCAGGGAGAGCAGGGCUGCCUGUCGUCACUCCCUCUCGCGCUCGCGCCCAGCCCGGCAUCUGCAGAGCUGAGAAACCUGCCCCGGCAGGGUGGCUCACUUGUGGCAGACUCUUUCACAUCCAUGAGACCUCGGGUUUCUGUGCCAGGGCCUCGUACACCCACUCACACUCUGUUGUGGCUCUGGAAGGGCAAGCUGUCCGCGCUGUUUCAAGGCGGCCCGUGAGUGAGGGGUAGAAAGGAGGCCCUGUGUUUUUAUUUUUUCACUAUGGCAAGAUAGUAGAAGCGAUUGCAGUGGACUUAAUUGGCUGAUGCUGUCCACUCACCUGGAAGUGUUCACUGGGCACAUGGUGCACGUCCCCCCAGACCCUUUCUCCUCUGCUCUGUGCCUCUGGCUCCCUGGGCCCACGGGCGCAGUGGGGUCUGUGCGCUGGCACAGAAGUCUGUAAGUUUGUUCUCCUCUGCUCUGCUCCUGUCCCCCCAUGUGUCACUUCCAGUGACAGGAAGGAAUGUCUUCUGUCCCUGCGUCUGUUUCCCAUCAGUUUAUGUGGACAGUAGUACGGAGAUUCUUAGUGAAGCCAGCGGGGCAGCUCAUUUUUGAGUUCUUAGUGAGAAAUCUGGAAGAAAGUAAAAAAUGAAGUGUUGAAAAAACGCAAGGAAUUUAACCUUUUAGUUAAUUGAACAGGACUGUUAACCAGCCUGCUGGUUCUGGUUUGGCUCAAGCUCCUUCGCAGGACGUGCUGUGAGCCGCUCCGCCUCUGUUCCCUGUAGACGCCGGGGACGCUGUAUCCCCGUGUACAGGGCGGCAUGUGGAAUCCUGUUUCUCAGCUCACUUCUGUUGUGCGCCCAUUUGCGUUCCACUUGUAAUUCACAGGGUGUUGCAGUCCCUUUAGGUGGCAGGAUGCUGGUGCACUGACGGAGUCGCUGCCUCUGCUCAGCUGCCACGCCGAGGGUUGCCUGUUAGCGCAGGAGCAAGACACCUGUGGAGCUCAGCCUGCUGGCUGCCGAGGGAGGGUGCGCCCCAGAAGGGGUUUUCUAAGCAACUCCCUGAUACACAAUGUGGAGCAGAAAUUCUCUUGUAUCGCUUGGUUUAGUGACAUCAAAUAUCACCACUGAUCUACAUGUCUUCUAUACACUUAGGUAGAAAUCCUCCUCCCAGAACAUUGUUUCAAAGGUGAAACUUUCCGUACUGCAGUUAGAAUGAGUUUAGGAGGUUUUCCUAGGCCUUCUCUGACCGUUGCUGUUGGAACCUGUGUUGACCGUGAGCCAGGCUUCUGCCAACACACUGUGACGACGGAAAGGGCGCUUCGAACAUGGAGACGGCAGCAGGACUCUGUCCGUGAGCUGGCCGCCACGGGGAAGCCGCUCUUUACGCAAGAGAGAUGUGCUCUGGCCAAGCCUGGCUGUUUUCAAAGCACCCCAGGGAGCAGGAGGCUGGGUCCGCACACACGCAGAUCUGGGGCCUGGUGACCUUUCCUUUCCCAGUCUUUGACUUUUUGUUAAGUGUUGUAACCCGAUAGCUGUUGUGUUUUAAAUAAAAAAAGACGACUGAAAAUGUAAAUACUUUGUAAACAAUCAUUUGUACUUGAAUAGUAGGGUUUUAAAGGGCAUUGAUA